AGGCGUCCACCAAUCCGGGACCGGGAAAACGUCGUAGGAGACGCACACACACACACGCACACACAUGCGUGAUCAAUAAGUGGACAGCCAGGUCGCACUGCAGCGUUCCCGCUCGCCAACUGCUAGUCACCUCUCCUGCGCAUCCUUCAUCUCGUCCCUCGUUAAUCAAGGUAGUUCAGGGCGUGCUCUCGAGUUCCACUCUAACCUAGAGAGCUGCAGCAUCUCAAUCUCUUCUUCUCUGUGCUGAUAUUCCUGUGGAGAAACAAAAAUGCGUGAGUGCAUUUCAGUCCACAUUGGACAGGCGGGAGUGCAAAUUGGAAACUCCUGCUGGGAGCUCUAUUGUCUUGAACAUGGUAUUCAGCCCGAUGGGCAGAUGCCCUCUGACAAGAGUCAAGGAGGAGAUGACAGUUUCAGCACAUUUUUCAUGGAGACUGGGGCAGGCAAGCAUGUUCCCAGAGCUGUAUUUGUCGACCUCGAGCCAACAGUUGUGGAUGAAGUUCGAACUGGAUCAUACAGACAGUUAUUCCACCCCGAGCAGCUGAUAACUGGCAAGGAGGAUGCCGCUAACAACUAUGCCCGAGGCCACUACACGAUUGGCAAGGAGAUCAUAGACAUUGUUAUGGAUCGUAUUCGCAAACUGUCAGACCAGUGUACUGGCCUUCAGGGCUUCCUGAUUUUCCAUUCGUUUGGUGGAGGCACCGGCUCUGGGUUUACCUCCCUGCUUAUGGAGCGCCUUUCUGUGGACUAUGGCAAAAAGAGCAAGCUUGAAUUUGCCAUUUACCCUGCUCCUCAGACCUCCACUGCCGUUGUUGAGCCCUACAACUCAAUCCUUACCACUCAUACAACUUUGGAGCAUUCAGACUGUGCAUUUAUGGUUGACAACGAAGCCAUCUUUGAAAUCUGCCAACGAAAUUUGGACAUUGACCUCCCAUCGUACACCAAUCUGAACCGUCUGAUUGGACAAGUUGUUUCUUCGAUAACAGCCUCACUCAGAUUUGAUGGAGCUUUGAAUGUUGACCUGACAGAAUUCCAGACCAACUUGGUGCCCUACCCACGAAUUCAUUUCCCUCUUGUUACUUAUGCUCCAGUUAUUUCUGCUGAGAAGGCUUAUCAUGAGCAGAUUUCUGUCUCUGAAAUUACCAACUCUUGCUUUGAACCGGCCAAUCAGAUGGUAAAGUGUGACCCACGCCAUGGUAAAUAUAUGGCCUGCUGCAUGUUGUAUCGAGGUGAUGUUGUACCAAAGGAUGUUAAUGCAGCUAUUGCAGUCAUUAAGACCAAGCGGUCGAUUCAAUUUGUUGACUGGUGCCCAACUGGUUUUAAAGUUGGCAUCAACUACCAACCCCCUACUGUUGUUCCUGGUGGUGACUUGGCCAAGGUUGCAAGAGCGGUCUGCAUGCUCUCCAACACCACUGCCAUUGCUGAGGCAUGGGCAAGAUUGGACCACAAGUUUGACUUGAUGUAUGCUAAGCGUGCCUUUGUGCACUGGUAUGUUGGAGAGGGUAUGGAGGAGGGAGAAUUCUCAGAGGCUCGUGAGGAUCUUGCUGCUCUAGAGAAGGAUUAUGAAGAGGUUGGUUUGGAUUCAGUAGAGGGGGAAGAGGAACAACAGGAAUAUUGAUGUAUCAAUUAGUUCUAGGAUAUGACUGGCACUUCUUUAAAAUGCAUGUAAUUUUAUUUUUUAUUUCUGUUGCAUUUGUGUUUCCUUAGUGACUGUUGUGCAGAUUUUACUCUGCUACUAUGACCCCUUUUUUUGGCUGAUUUUUUUCUGUCCUAGUCUUGGAGUUUUACUUUGUUGUGACAAAAUAUACCGACGAGAAUAUGAAAUCUCCA